AUUUCGCAACAUGGCAAUGUCGACCACAGAUUGGGAAACCCGACUGUGAAGACGUCAUAAAAUUAUUCCGCGAGUGAGUCGUUCGGAGGCAAACAGAUAAUUUUACAAAUUCCAUCUUUUCUGUCAAUAUAAACCAUAAAAUCGAUUUAAAAUUCAACCAAAAUAUAUAGCAUUGGUAAAUUUGCCCUAUUCAUGAAUUACUUGUUGGGAAAAUAUAAGUAAACUGUGAACUAUGUUUUCAUAGUGUAUGAAUAUUGUGGUACUCGCUGCCUCAUUUCACAUGGAUCUUCUGUAAGAAAUCCCGGCCUUUCUUUGCGAUUGAAAAUUUAUUGAAGAAUGUCUUUUGCUGAUGAGGAACAAUUGAAUUCCCAGGUUCCGAAAUCUGGGCAUGAUGAAAAUGGGGGACAAGGUCUUGGCCCUUCCGAUGAAGGGAUCAUCGAAACCAACUGGGAUAAGAUGGUAGAUAGCUUUGACAACAUGGGACUGAAAGAUUCUCUCCUCAGGGGUAUCUAUGCUUAUGGUUUUGAGAAACCAUCUGCGAUUCAACAGAGGGCAAUCAUGCCUUGCUGUGAAGGAAAGGAUGUUAUUGCCCAAGCUCAGUCUGGAACUGGAAAGACGGCAACUUUUGCGAUCUCUAUCCUGCAGCAGUUUGACCCGAACAUAAAAGGGUGCCAAGCUCUUGUCCUUGCCCCAACCAGAGAGUUGGCCAACCAGAUCAACAAGGUAGUUGUAGCCCUUGGUGACUACCUCAAUGUGAAGUGCCGUGCUUGUAUCGGAGGCACCAGUGUCCGUGAGGACAUGGCUGCUCUUGAAGUUGGUGUCAACGUAGUGGUAGGCACCCCUGGAAGGGUGUUUGACAUGAUCCAGAGGAAUUACCUUUCACCAAAUAACAUCCGCAUGUUUGUAUUGGACGAAGCUGACGAGAUGUUGUCGAGGGGAUUCAAAGACCAGAUCUACAAUGUCUUCAGCAAGCUCCCAACUGAAGUACAGGUUGUACUUCUAUCUGCCACAAUGCCCGCUGAUGUGCUGGAAGUCACCAAGAAGUUCAUGAGGGAUCCUAUCCGCAUCUUGGUAAAGAAGGAAGAACUGAGUUUGGAUGGUAUCAAGCAGUUCUACAUCUCUGUUGAGAAGGAGGAGUGGAAACUGGACACGCUGUGUGACUUGUACGAGACCUUGACCAUCACACAAGCAGUCAUCUUCUGCAACACGAGAAGGAAAGUAGAUUGGCUCUACGGAAAGAUGCAUGAGAAAGAUUUCACUGUCUCCAUCAUGCACGGAGACAUGGACCAGAGGGAGCGAGACAAAAUCAUGAAGGAGUUCCGCACAGGCUCUAGCCGUGUGCUCAUCUGCACUGACCUGCUGGCUCGUGGAAUCGACGUCCAGCAAGUCUCACUAGUUAUCAACUAUGACCUCCCUACCAACAGGGAAAACUACAUCCACAGGAUUGGCCGUGGAGGCCGUUUCGGUCGCAAAGGUGUGGCCAUCAACUUUGUUCCAACAGAAGAUGAACGCAAUCUUAAGGAUAUUCAGCAAUUCUACAAUACUCAGGUAGAUGAGAUGCCUAGCAAUGUUGCCGAUCUGAUUUAGAGGAUAGAGAGGAGACCCGUCAAAUUUGUUUGUUCUUCAUAGCGAUAUCAAUGCGAUUCUACUGAUGCGACUGAUGACAGUGAUGAUGAUGAUGCGAUACUAGCGAUGUUCUGAUAUUGGAAUACCCUUUUAUCAAACUUUUUUGACGGAUAUCUUGGAAAUGUGAAAAAACUGACUAACUGAACAGCAUUCCUCAACGUAUCUUGGAAAGAGAUUUAUAUCUCUUUCAAUUCUUUUUUGAUAUUUGUGUUGGAGACAAAGGACGAGAAAGACUCGGUCAAGGGUUAUAACCCUUGCAUCUUGGGGGUCACCCCUGGUGACCCCCCAGAUAAAUAAGUUUGCUUGUGUAGAUUAUUAUAGUGAAAUCAUAUAUAUAUCUUUGUGCUCAUGUGAAAUGUGAAUGAUAUUACAAUUUGAUAAGUCGUUUUAAACAAGAUAUUUCUUUAUUUACAUUCUGUUGUAGAGAAAAUAUAUCGUAAUUUUAAACGUAAGGGGUUUUGUAGUUUAAGGGGUCACUGGGUGGGGGGUUUAUGUUCUGUUAUUGGGGCGCAUUGUGUAUUUAUUGCUAAAGCAAUUAUGGUUAUCCGCAAGUUAAAUUCUGGACUCAACUCUAUGUGCUGCUGUGAUAUAAAUAUGAAGAUGUCUGAGUGUCGGCGUGUAGAAUAUAUGUGUCAUCUAGCAAAAGAACGGUACCCUUUCCCAUUUAUGAUGUUCCAUCUGUUGCAUGCAUUCAAGCAUUGUUCUCAUGAAUUUUGUUAUUUGUUAUUUAGCUUUGUAGUUCAUUUCUUUCUGACAUGUAGUGGGUUCUUCAAAUGCUUCAAAUAUCGCAGGAAAGCAUUGAUGGCAUUUCUUCUUGAUUUUGUUUUUCUAUCGUUGUUAAGUGCUCUGUGAGCAGUCAAGUAUUUUCCUUUUUGGCUAUUCAGUGGUACAAAGAAUGGUUCAUGAGUGUUAAAUUAUUUAGAACCAUUCUGUGUGCUUGCUAGAUAUCUGACAUUUUACUUAACCUCUUUAGUCUAAACACUAAUCAAACACCUUGAAAUGCCUUUUUUGUGCUUUUAUGAUUUUCCACAAGAUACAUGUUAGAUUAUCAUUUUCUACAUUUUUCUGAGUAAUUUUCCCUUUCUGCUCCUUUUUUCAUGCAUUUUCUAGUGGAUUUAUUUAUUUGAUUGAUAUUUGUCAGUGAAAUUGACUGCGAAAAUUGACCACAAAUUUUCUGUUUGAUAAACCUCUCACAUCCGCAGUCAUUAAAAUCAAGUUUUGGUGCUUAGGAAACACAAGUUAAUUUAUGGAAGACGAUUCGCCAUGUAUUACCCACCAAUGAUGUCUGCUGAAAAGCUUGCACUUUUCUUGGAAUCAGAGCUCCCCUUUCAUGAGCAAUAUUGGAUCAACAACCGAUGCUACUGAACGCAGUUGGUGCCAAUGAAAUGUCAUAAUUUUGGCCACUUCUAUCGUAACUUCUGAUAUGACUCGUGAAAUGGGGGUCCUGGACAAUUCAGAUCAAUCCAUGCUGUUGGUCGUUAAAAUAAUCCUUGGCAGUUUAAUGGCAUGCUAUAAUCAGUGGUUGUAAGCUGCCAUGCUUUGCUCUGUGGGGCAAUAGCACAAAUCUGAGCGAUGACUAAAUGGAAUUUAUACCUACAUGUAACUGUAAUGUGCGAUGCAGUGAAUCGCAAAAGUAAAUAACUAUUUUGCUGAAUUUUUGCCACUAUGACACACAUUCAUGUUUUGAUAUGUCUGUGUUUACUAUUGAUCAAAAUAUAUUGUCUGUUUGGUACCUGGUAGGGUGAUGAUUUCUGUUAUACAGGAGGGUACACUACCCUGAGAUCAAACUGAUUUGAAUGAAAACUUGAGCAAGUGAUAUUGAGCAUUUCAUAGAAAUGGGAUUUAAAAAAAGAAAAGAUACACGCAAGUCAAAACUUCAUACGCAGUAGACAUUCCUUAAUUUGAAUCAGUUGGAAUUGAAGAAAUAACUUACUUUAUGAAAAAAAAAAAAUGACUUGUGAAGCCGGGAUUAAGAACAAUCGAUUUCAAAAGAAGACUUGAAAAGACAGUCGACUGAAAUGAAUUAAUAGUUUUAUUGAAAUCAACUUGAUCUUGGGCUGGAGUACCUCCUUCAGUGCCCUCCACAUAUCAGAUGGACUUUUUUUUUCCUUGAACCUCGGAUGUGCUUGGUAUCUACCCGUUGAUUUUAUUUUACCAUGUAUUAAUUCACACUUCAUGAUCAAUGACAAUAUAUUAAUAAAUUUCAUCAUAUUUGCCAACAAUCAGAUACUUGAAUAUGCUAUGGUGCACAAUAUAGAUGUAUGUGUAUGUACAAUCCCAGUAAAUGCUAUAAAUUAGUUGAUGUAAUUUA